CUACAGCAUGAAUCACUCCCCUCCGCUCUUGUCCUACCCCGUCAGACACGGCGCCGCCACUCUGUUAUUGAUCCUACUUCUCACGCCGGAAGUUCUAGCUCAGCCUAGUCCCGACGGAGAUGACCCUUAUCGCUACCAGAAGUUCAGCCCCUCGAUGGCGGUCAUCAUCGUGGUCCUAGUCGCCGCCCUCUUCGUCAUGGGCUUCUUCUCCAUCUACAUCCGCCACUGCUCGCAACCCGAGUCCGGCAGCGUCCGGGCAGGCGGUCCCAUCACUGGACGGUCCAGACGCGGCGCCGCGCGUGGACUUGACGUGUCCGUGAUCGACACGUUCCCGACGUUGGAGUACAAAGUCGUCAAGGGACUGAAAAUAGGUAAGGGAGCUUUGGAGUGCGCUGUGUGCUUGAACGAGUUUGAAGACGACGAAACGCUGCGUUUGAUUCCCAAGUGUGAUCAUGUGUUUCAUCCCGAGUGUAUUGACGAGUGGUUGGCUUCUCAUACUACUUGCCCGGUUUGUAGGGCCAACCUAGUGCCUCAGGACGGCGACGCCGUCGUCGAGCUCGGUGAGUUGACUGAUCAACACGACGUCGAAGGGCAACAGGAGGAGUGUGAUGACUUGGGGCCGGACCACCACAACAGUGACGGACAGCAGGAAGAAGUAGAGCCGGAGGUGUUGAAUAUGAACCAGACGUUGAACAGGAACCGCACACGUGGCAGCUCAAGAUCGAGCCGGUUUCGGAGGUUGUUUCCCCGGUCUCACUCGACCGGGCACUCUUUGGUUCAACCGGGCGAGGACACGGAGCGGUUCACUUUGAGGCUACCGGUCGAGGUGAGGAAACAGAUCAUGAAUAAGGUGUUACACCGGUCCACUAGUGUGUUGGAGUUGCCACGAGGAGGGAGCUCGAGGCGCGGCCCGAGAAUGGGGGACGGCGGUAGCAACAAUAGAGUGAGGAGCUUUAAGCGGCUCGAACCGCUAGACCGGACAUUUAAGUCGGACCGGUGGGUGUUUUCUAGGGCACCGUCGUUUCUAACGAGGAUGUUGUCGAUGAAGUCACCAAAGGUGGCGGCUAACGACGGGGAGGGACCUUCAACUCAACCCACCGAACCGGUUUUUACAAGGAGCGACUCAGUUCGUCCCCCUGUUUGAUGUAUUUAGUCUUCAUUAAAUUUAUUGUUUUUUAUCGCCAUGUUUAGUAUUGGUUAAAUGUCUAUAAGGUUUUGUAUCUAUUUAACGAAAUUCAAACUAUAAUACACCAGCAAUCCUCUUAUACUAUA